AUGGAAGGAGAGAACGUGAGUGAAGAGGAAGAGAGGAGGAUUUGCAGGAGAAGAGACAGAGGGGAACCCGUUCUGGAGAGGAGGAUUGAUCACAAGCGGGAACUGGAGCUGGAUGUCUCUGAGCGCCGCAGCCGCCAGACACGGGACAGAGAGGAGAGAGGGGUCAUCAUCGACCGGAGAGAGACACGGGAGCUGGACGGUGAUGGAAGGAGAGAACGUGAGUCAGUGAGGUAUGAAAGGACACAGCAGAGCAGAGAAACAGAAGCAGAAGCAGAAGCUGAUGUGAAAAUCCACAGAGAGAUCCGUGAACUGGAGUCAAGGGAGGAGCUCAGAAGGAGGGAACGUCCCCGUGAGCGUGAGGAGGAAGAGAGGAGGACUCUCCGGGGAAGAGAGAGGGAAGAGCCCGUUCUGGAGAGGAGGAUUGAUCGCCAACGGGAGCUGGAGGUCUCUGAGCGCCGCAGCCGCCAGACACGGGACAGAGAGGAGAGAGGGGUCAUCAUAGACGAGAGAGAGAGACGGGAGCUGGACGGUGAUGGAAGGAGAGAACAGAGAUCCGUGAACUGGAGCCCCGUGAAGAGUUCGGAACGGAGGGAACGUCCCUGUGAAUGUGAGGAGAGAGAGGAGUUCUGCAGGAGAAGAGACAGAGAGGAGCCUGUUCUGGAGAGGAGGGUCGAUCACCAAAGGGACCUGGAGUUGGAAGUCUCUGAGCGUCGCAGCCUCGAGACGCGGGACAGGGAGGAGAGAGGGGUCACCAUCGACCGGAGAGAGACACGGGAGCUGGACGGUGAUGGAAGGAGAGAACGUGAGUCAGUGAGAUACGAAAGGACACGGGAGAGCAGAGUAGCAGAAGUAGAAGCAGAAGCUGAUGUGAAGCUCCACAGAGAGAUCCGUGAACUGGAACCCCGUGAGGAACUCAGGCGGAGGGAACGUCCCUGUGAGCGUGAGGAGGAAGAGAGGAGGAUUCUCCGUGGAAGAGGGAGGGAAGAGCCUGUGCUUGAGAGGAGAAUUGAUCGCCAACGGGAGCUGGAGGUCUCUGAGCGCCGCAGCCGCCAGACACGGGACAGAGAGGAGAGAGGGGUUAUCACUGACCAGAGAGAGAGAAGAGAGCUGGAAGGUGAUGGAAGGAGAGAACGUGAGUCAGUGAGAUAUGAAAGGACACGGGAGAGCAGAGAAGCAUCAGCAGAAGCUGAUGUGAAGCUCCACAGAGAGAUCCGUGAAGUGGAGCCUCGUGAAGAGUUGGAAAGGAUGGAACGUCCCCGUGAAUGUGAAGAGAGGAGGAUUUGCAGGAGAGGAGACAGAGAGGAGCCUGUUCUGGAGAGGAGAGUCGAUCGCCAAAGGGACCUGGAGCUGGAGGUCUCUGAGCGCCGCAGCCGCCAGACACGGGACAGGGAGGAGAGAGGGGUCACCAUCGACCGGAGAGAGACACGGGAGCUGGAAGGUGAUGGAAGGAGAGAACGUGAGUCAGUGAGGUACGAAAGGACACGAGAGACCAGGGUAGCAGCAGCAGAAGCAGAAGCUGAUGUGAAAAUCCACAGAGAGAUCCGUGAACUGGAACCCCGCGAGGAGCUCAGAAGGAGGGAACGUCCCUGUGAGCGUGAGGAGGAAGAGAGGAGGAUUCUCCGGGGAAGAGAGAGGGAAGAGCCCAUUCUGGAGAGGAGGGUCGAUCGCCAAAGGGACCUGGAGCUGGAGGUCUCUGAGCGCCGCAGCCACCAGACACGGGACAGGGAGGAGAGAGGGGUCAUCAUCGACCGGAGAGAGACACAAGAGCUGGACGAUGAUGGAAGGAGAGAACGUGAGUCGGUGAGGUACGAAAGGACACGAGAGACCAGGGUAGCAGCAGCAGAAGCUGAUGUGAAAAUCCACAGAGAGAUCCGUGAAGUGGAGCCCCGGGAGGAGCUCAGAAGGAGGGACCGUCCCUGUGAGCGUGAGGAGGAAGAGAGGAGGAUUCUCCGGGGAAGAGAGAGGGAAGAACCUGUUCUGGAGAGGAGGGUCGAUCGCCAAAGGGAGCUGGAGGUCUCUGAGCGCCGCAGCCGCGAGACACGGGACAGGGAGGAGAGAGGGGUCAUCAUCGACCGGAGAGAGACACGGGAGCUGGAAGGUGAUGGAAGGAGAGAACGUGAGUCAGUGAGGUAUGAAAGGACAAGAGAAUCCAGGGUGGCAGCAGCAGAAGCCGACGUGAAAAUCCACAGAGAGAUCCGUGAACUGGAACCCCGUGAGGAACUCAGGCGGAGGGAACGUCCCCGUGAGCGUGAAGAGGAAGAGAGGAGGAUUCUCCGGGGAAGAGAGAGGGAAGAGCCUGUUCUGGAGAGGAGGAUCGAUCAACAACGAGAGCUGGAGGUGGAGGUCUCUGAGCGCCGCAGCCGCCAGACCCGGGACAGGGAGGAGAGAGGGAUCAUCAUCGACCAGAGAGAGAGAAGGGAGUUGGACGGUGAUGGAAGGAGAGAACAGAGAUCCGUGAACUGGAGCCUCGUGAGGAGCUCAGAAGGAGGGAACGUCCCUGUGAGCGUGAGAGAGGAAGAGAGGAGGAUUCUCCGGGGAAGAGAGAGGGAAGAGCCCAUUCUGGAGAGGAGGAUUGAUCGCCAAAGGGACCUGGAGCUGGAUGUCUCUGAGUGCCGCAGCCGCCAGACACGGGACAGGGAGGAGAGAGGGGUCAUCAUCGACCGGAGAGAGACACGGGAGCUGGAAGGUGAUGGAAGGAGAGAACGUGAGUCAGUGAGAGAGAUCCGUGAACUGGAACCAAGGGAGGAGCUCAGAAGGAGGGAACUUCCCCGUGAGCGUGAGGAGGAAGAGAGGAGGACUCUCCGGGGAAGAGAGAGGGAAGAGCCUGUUCUGGAGAGGAGGGUCGAUCAACAACGAGAGCUGGAGGUGGAGGUCUCUGAGCGUCGCAGCCGCCAGACACGGGACAGAGAGGAGAGAGGGGUCAUCACUGACCAGAGAGAGACACGGGAGCUGGAAGGUGAUGGAAGGAGAGAACGUGAGUCAGUGAGAUAUGAAAGGACACGGGAGAGCAGAGAAGCAGAAGUAGAAGCAGAAGCUGAUGUGAAAAUCCACAGAGAGAUCCGUGAACUGGAGCCUCGUGAGGAGCUCAGAAGGAGGGAACGUCCCUGUGAAGGUGAAGAGGAAGAGAGGAGGAUUCUCCGGGGAAGAGAGAGGGAAGAGCCUGUGCUGGAGAGGAGAAUCGAUCGCCAAAGGGAGCUGGAGGUCUUUGAACGUCGCAGCCGACAGACACGGGACAGAGAGGAGAGAGGGGUGAGCAUCAACCGGAGAGAGACCCGCGAGGAGACCAUACUCGAGGUCCUCGAAGAAGAGGAGGAGGUGGAUGAAGGACGAAGCCUCUACCAAACCAUAGAGGUGGACAACAGGGACCUCUGCCCCCCAGGAGAGGAAGGUCCUGUGAGUGACCUGAGGGUCCGCUACAUCCCGGCUGACCCCGCGGAGCGGCCGGAGGUGCGGGUGGUCCCCCAGCCCUGCGAGCCCCAGACCAUCGCCUACCUGGUGCACGUGCUCCAGAACGGGAGUGACGCCAGCGCCGCCACCUACGAGAUUGUCUGUCACCAGCCUGACAACCCAGGCCAGCCCCUCUGCGUCAGGAAGUGCUACGUGUCUGCCAAGCCACCGACCGUCCCCUGCGACCGGAGUGACCGCCCGGAGCCGCCAACCCGGGGGGACGAGAGAGAAAGUGGGGAGCCUGAACUGCCACCUUCCAGCUGCCAGGAAAACACCAGGGAUCUCGGUGGGGAGAGAGCUGGGGCAGGGGUGAAGGAAGGAGCCCACCAGGCCUGCGAGCGAGAUGCUGUGAAAGGUGACCCUCGCAGGGCGAAGACCAAGGAGGUCCCCAACACGGAAAAGAAUCAGCCCCAGGGAGAUGGAUCGAAAGCUGCCAGGGAGAAGGUCCCACGGGAGCCCGGAUCCAGCUGCCAGGUGAGGGAGCGUGAGGACAGGAAGACCAAGAGUUGUCCACCUCUGCUCCAGGCUCCAGAGCCACGGGAAGCUCGUGAGUCAGACCGGCGAGACGCCGACGAGAGCCGUGCCCGUGCGCCCCGGAGAGAAGAGACCGGCCGCGUCCGCCAGGACGUCGAGCUUCUCCCACCUGAAAAGAGCUGCCAGGAGGAGACCUGCAAGAAGCCCCGGCAAGCUGGGGAUUCCCAACUUCCACGGGAGGAGGAGCCGCGUCCUGGCACCAAGCAGAGCCAGGGAAGCCCCGGCCUCCUGAUCUCCCAGGAGGAACCGAGUCGUCCCGCGGGGAUGAAGCCAAAGCGUCUUAAGGGGGAAGCUGGAGGGGCUCCUCCAAGUCCUUUUGAGGAUCAUUUCGGCCCUGUUUCAGUUCAGGAUGUGGUGGCGCAGAAGUGA